AACCAUCAAAGAGCCAUGUUUCCAAAAGGGCCAAAACCCACAGGAACAGCAGCCAUUAACGCACCACCUUCCUCGAACCAAAACGAACAUUCAGAUUGUCUGACCCUUUUAUUUUUUUCGACUAUUCUCGACCGUUCGAUCAACCGGCGAUGGCUGACGUGGGAGAGAAGGAGAGGAAGAUCCUCGUAGCCGUCGAUGACAGCGAGGAGAGCACGUACGCCCUCUCGUGGUGCCUCCACAACAUAAUUUGUCAAGAUUCCAAGGAUACCCUUAUACUCGUCUACGCCAAACCGCCAAAAACAGUGCACGCAGCUCUUGACGGGACAGGGUAUAUGUUUUCUGCGGACAUAAUGGCGUCCACGGACGUGUAUGUCAAUGGGUUGGCAGCUUGGGUUAUAGAGAAGUCCACGAAGAUCUGCAGGGAGGAAUUUCAGGACGUUGAGGUGGAGUCGAUAGUACAGACGGGUGAUCCGAGGGACGUGAUUUGCGAGGUGGCAGAGAAGCUGCAUGCCGACGUGCUGGUCAUGGGGAGUCGCGGGUACGGUUUGAUCAAAAGAGCUUGGCUGGGGAGUGUGAGCAACCACUGUGCACAGACCGUGAAGUGCCCAGUUUUGAUUGUGAAGAAACCUAAAUUCAGUAACGGCAACAGAUGAUGGAAGACAACAAUUUUACCGUUCCCAUCUUUGAUUUUCUUCUUUUGAAGUGUGUAUUGUCAGUGUGUAUGUAGGGUCAAUAUCUUCUUGAAUUCUUGUUAUUCUGGCAUCGGCCAAAUAUGAAUGUGUAUGAUAAAAUUAUGACGAGAGGAUAACUUUCUUGCA